CUGUACCCCGCGGACUCAGAAGCCAGCGGCACCCGGGCACCACCGCACAGCCGAUCCGGUGGCCAAGCUGGAGUUGCCUCCUCCGUGGAUGUUGGAUACCAAGAAGCCCCCCAGAAAGAAAUGGUGGACGCCGCCCUUCGACCCGCGCUUCCCCAACCAGAACCAGACCCGUAACUGCUACCAGAACUUCCUGGACUACCAGCGCUGCGUCAAGACCAUGAGCCGCCGCGGGAAGAACAGCGAGCCCUGCGAGUACUAUUUCCGCGUGUACAACUCGCUGUGCCCCACCAGCUGGGUCCAGAACUGGAACGAGCAGAUUAAGGAUGGGACUUUCGCUGGCAAAAUCUGACUGCCCGAGCGCGGCUUCCUCCGAAGACGCAGUGACCCUGCAUUUUCUUGUCUCGCGGAGCCCGUGCCUCGGUUAUCCACCCCCACGUCCCAGUCUUGAAGCCACGAAUAAUGUUAUGUUGUUGCUGAUGUUUCUUCUUAAUGCCCAGCCAGCGAUGCGUUUUGGUGGUGGUGGGGGAUCCUCCCUGUGGCUGUGUCUGGGAUGACACUGCUUUUUCUGUUAAGGGGCGGCAGGAGGACUGCUGCUCCAUCAGGUAGAGACGGCAGUCAGGUCCCUAAGGUAGGAAGCCGAUGACCUCCCAUCCCCCCUCUGUAGAUGCCUCGUGUUGACAGCUACCUACCAGCCCAGGGUCUCCAGUUCUCAACAGUGUUCCACUCAGAUGGUUCCAAGUUUCUCCUGCCUGUCAGUGCCCACGCCCCACACCUACCUCUCACCCGAGCCUUUCCCCCACUCCCCUCAUGCCUGGACCAUCUCCCCAGGCUCCUUCCCCAUCCCAACCUUGAUCCAUCCCAUCUCAGGUCCUGAGGGCUCUUCUUUGAACUACCUAGCACUGACUCCAUCCCUCCCUCUCUACUCUCCAUCAUGACUGCACUCCCCACCUGGCUCGUUUUCCCUCCUAGAACAUUGAGGUCCCCAUCAUGUCAGCCGGCUUAUUGCCAACAGGGUCCCCUGGUGUCCACCCUUUCGACACCCACACCCACAGCCAGCAGCAGCAGCCUGCUCAGUUCUCCAAUGCACUGGGCUAGCUCCACACCCCCACCCUGCAGAAGCCGCUGUCAGUCGCCCACCACACACAUCACUGCAGGUUCUUCCGUGACCCCCGCUAGCCUGCUGGCACCUAGGGAAUCAGAGCCCCCUUGGAAUCAUUCUUCACUCCUCCCCUAUCCCAUCAGUAACACGGAACCGCAUUCUGGUUCCAGGUGCCCUUUGAAGUGUUGCCUCUCCCCAGGCCAAGGAGUGACCCUUACCGGGGCCCUAAGGUUCUAGCCUGGUUCUACAUAGGGAGCCGUGAGACCAGUCAGCUUGGGGUGCUGGUUUUCCCAGCUGGUGCUCCCUGAGCUGUCAGCCUCCCAGAGGGGUUCUUAGGAUGGGGAAGCCCCAACCUCCACCUGAAGUGUCCCUAUGAGGCCAUGUUCAACCCAGAUGGAACAACUAAUCAUGACAACUUGGAGGGUGACUCUAGACAAGCUUCUUGACCUAUGUGAACCCAGGUUCCCCAAGGCAAACCAAGAUGGCUCAGGGACCCAUUACCAGGAGAGGCGGGGCUGGGUGAGCUCAGAGGACUCCAUCUUGCUUUCUGCCCCAUCAUGACCUAUCACCUGCCCUCCACACUGCCCAGGGCACACCCUAGACGAGCCAUCCCUCAGGAUGAUACCAACUCUGAGAUCUUGGCCUCCUGGCUCUGUCUCUGACCACAACCUGAGAAUGGGGUGGGGGCACAGGGUGUGGACUCAGCUCCCGGAAGGCUUCCUGUACAUGCAACAUCCCCAGAGCCUUGGACGCCUGCACAGAAGCAGCACAGCUGCAGGAACAAACGCUGGCAGAACCACAGGGCCAGGACCCCUCUCUGAGUCACAGAAUGGAGCUAACCUGGUGAGGUCACCCAGGUAACGUCCUGGGCACAGGGCCCCACGCCCAUGCAAGCCCCAACAGCCUCCUGACCUCCCCAGAACCCAGUGUCUAAAACCCAUUUUUGCCCUGUUGGGCAGCCUUCCUCCUUCCUCCUUCCUGAUCCUCCCCCGCAUCCUCAGUUCACUGCUUCCAGACCUCACCUCAGCACAUUCUCACACUUCCCACCUCCUCUGCAGCCGCCACUGCCCCACUGAUGCCUGAGCCAUGGGCAGGGCCAGAUCUGGACUCCAGCCUGAUGGAUCAUCCCUUGUGCCAACUCCAAACGCCUCCUCCAGGUGCUUCGACUGGCUUUCCCUGGUGUCCAGUAGCCGCCUCCUGAGACCCCCCAAUGCCAGCCUUCCAGUCUCAGCAGCCUCCCAGCUCAGAGAAAACCAAGGCCACUCCACUUAUUCCCGUCCCCGCCCCAGAAUAACUGCAUCCUUGUUUGCUCAACCUCCUCCUCCUCCUCCUGCUUCCCUCUCCUGUCCUCUUCUUUCACCUCCUCCUCUUCCAGCCCCGUCUCUCCAAUCCUUCCAUCGUCCACUUUCCCCUCCCUCUGCGGUUCUUCCUCAGAACCUGCUCCGUCCUCCCAGCCUCCAGAUCAUGGACCUGAAGGCCGCCUGCUCUGCCUCCCCUGCUCACUGUCCCUUGGCUCCUAGGGGCUGCAGCUUCACCACCUCUCUGGGUUUCCCUCUUUCCCAUCCCGAAGGUGUCAGAGCGGAACAGUUCUGAGAAGGAGUUCAGUCUAGGACCUGAAGCUUAUUAACCAUGUGGCCUGAGACAAGUUCCCUGGCCCCUCCACACUGUGGUCUUUUCAUCUGAAAUCUGGUAACAGUGACAUAAUCAUGACACCUCUGCUUCCUAGGGUUGUGGGGAGGAUGGCAAUAUGAAAACCUAGAAAGCAGAACGGGGUCGGGCCGGGCGCGGUGGCUCACGCCUGUAA